AUAUAAGUUGCAUGAAAAACGAGUAAAACUUGUCUCUAUCUAUUGUGCAACAACCCAUGAAUAUUAUAAUUAGAAUCAUCAUUCCAGAUAACAUUAACAACGCACAAGUCAGAACACACAACACACAUCCACAUUCCGAUGGAGGAGGAGUCUUUCUCAUACUCAUACUCAUGGGAGAAUUGGGAUCUUCAUAUGGAAAUGGAUUACAACGACGACGACGAGGAGUUUCUGAGAGACAUCCUUCAGCAACCAGCCUUCGAUGACUCCAAAGUGUCUGAAAAUGAUUCCAAAACGCCUCGUCGUUUUGCUUCUUCUCCCCAGACAUUCAUUCUGUCCUUCGAUGACUCCACCAUGGUACCGGCCACACCCGAACCCUCUUCGAAUAACUCUACAACUUUACCUGCCAAACGGGCCUUGGGCCCAGAAGCGGUAGCAAGGCCCAAUCAAGGAGCUAAGAAGGUUAGAAGCUCUUCUCAGACGGUGGAUCACAUAAUGGCCGAGAGAAGAAGGAGACAAGAACUAACAGAGAGGUUCAUAGCACUUUCAGCCACGAUUCCCGGCUUGAACAAGACAGACAAGGCCUCGGUACUGCGAGCAGCAAUAGAUUAUGUGAAAGAACUCAAAGAACAAAUUCAGGAACUCGAAAAACAAGACAAAACAAGGAGCUUGCUGAAGAAACGGGAUCCAUCUAAUAUUCCCGAGAUAGAAGCAAGAGUGUUGGGAAAGGAAGUGCUCAUUGAGAUUCACUGUGAGAAACAAAAUGGUAUUCAGUUUAUAUUAUUGGACCACCUUGAAAAUCUUCAUCUCACUGUCACCGCUAGCAGUGUCUUACCAUUUGGAAAUUCUGCUCUAAGCAUUACCAUCACAGCUCAGAUGGGUGAGGCGUACAAGAUGACGGUGGAUGAUCUAGUGAAAAACAUCAGACAAGUGCUCCCAGACUCGCAUGUGCUCAGCGACAGUGAUCCGUACUAGUGUAUCAAACAGCAAGUUGUAUGUUGUCUAUGGAAUUAGAAACUUUUGUUUUUCUUGCUCUCUUUCAUUUUGGCUUGUAUUCUUGUUGAUCUUAACUAAUAAACAAAAUGUAUGUUUGGAAUUAGUUUAUGUUCCGUAUCCACUAGAAUAUAUAUCAUAAAAGUUC